UGUAAUUAAAUGGAUGAUUGUAGAUUUGUCAUGCCUUCUUAUUUAUAUUAUUAUAAGUGAAUUCGCGCAGUUGACUUCAGUUACCUGUCGUCGCUCUAAACGUAAAUAUGUUAAAAAUGGACGCUAGGAUAUACACAAUACUUUUUUUACUCAUGGCAAUAAUUUCCAUGCUUAAUGGAUUAACGGCUAAAAAUGCGAUUAACUAUCGUCUUCCCAAAGCGCUUGUGCCCACGAACUAUAAAAUACAUUGGACUCCUCGUCUAGACAAAGGCUAUUUCGAUGGAAUGGCAGUGAUUCAAAUUAAAGUCAUCAAGCCUACCAGGCAAAUCAUUUUGCAUUCUAAUAAGCUAUUCAUCCGCAGUGUUUAUGUACCUGGCAAAAGAGUGGUUAAAUAUGAACUUGAUUCUGUCCGUGAGUUCCUGAUAAUUGAUUUGAAGGACAAAUUGUUGUCAAAAGAGACCAUAGAAUUGAUGUUAGGUUUUAAAGGAAAAACUCAAAACAAGCUAAGUGGAAUGUACACUAGCAGCUAUCAAACUUUGGACGGUCAGCAAAGGAAUAUGGUCACUACUAAAUUUGAGCCAACUUAUGCUCGUCAGGCCUUCCCCUGUUUCGAUGAGCCCGAUAUGAAGGCAACAUUCACCAUCAGUGUCUCUCAUCCCAGUGAAGGAUCGUACGAUGCUGUCUCCAAUAUGAACAAAAUUAAAUCGCUGAAAAUGGGUAAAAAUACAAUGGCUGUCUUUGCUACGAGCGUUCCAAUGAGCACAUAUUUGGCCUGUAUUAUUGUCUCAGAUUUUAAGAAAUUAAAUAGCACCGUUAAGGCCAAUGGCAUUGGAAACGACUUCCAGAUUGACGCAUAUGCCCAACCUCACCAGUUGAGCAAAGUGCAAUUCGCUCUGGAGAUUGGAACUGCUAUUACAGAGUACUACAUUCGGUACUUUAAAGUACCUUAUCCUCUGCCGAAGUUGGAUAUGGCUGCAAUUCCCGACUUUGCCGCGGGUGCAAUGGAACAUUGGGGUUUGGUGACAUAUCGCGAGUCUCUUCUCGUAUAUGAUGAGAAUUAUAGUUCCACGUGGAACAAACAAUAUACAGCUAGCAUUUUGGCUCACGAAAUUACUCACCAAUGGUUUGGCAAUCUUGUUACUAUGAAGUGGUGGAACGAUAUUUGGCUAAAUGAGGGAUUUGCUAAUUUCAUGCAGUGGAAGGGAGUCAAUUCUGUUUAUCCGGAUUGGGAAAUGCUGGAUCAAUUCAUAACAGAGGAACUGCAUCCAGUGCUGAUAAUCGAUUCCAAACUCUCAUCACAUCCAAUAGUUCAAAGGGCUGAAUCCCCUGAUCAGAUCAUAGCUCUCUUUGAUACCAUUACUUACAACAAGGCUGGCUCAAUCCUGCGAAUGUUAGAGAACCUUGUAGGCUCUGAGAAAUUCGAGAAAGCAGUUAAGAAUUACUUGAUUAAAUUCAAGUAUGGCAAUACGGUGACCGAUGACUUCUUGACCGAAGUGGCUGCUUUGGUCGACGAUUUUGAUGUAAAGCAUUUGAUGCGUACAUGGACCGAGCAGAUGGGUUAUCCAGUGCUCUAUGUGUCCCGCUCCUUUGCAGGUUUUACCAUCACACAACAGCGAUUUCUUUCAAACAAGGAGAGCUAUAACGAAGCAGCAGAGCCAAGUGAAUUUAACUACAAAUGGACCAUUCCAGUUAAAUAUACACUGGAAAAUUUUGCGAGUGAUAAAGUCCAGAGCAUGAUCUUUCAUUAUGAUCAAGACUCUGUAGCUAUUGCAACGUACAGAAAAGUUAAAUGGAUCAAGCUAAAUGUGCAUCAGUAUGGGUAUUAUCGCGUCAACUAUGAGAACAGUCUUUGGGAUCAAAUCAUUAAUCAACUUUAUGAUAAACACACUCGCUUUCAUACUACCGAUCGUGCGAAUCUGCUGGAUGAUGCCUUCAGCUUGGCUGAUGCCAGUCAAGUGUCUUACAAUGUACCCCUAAGGAUGUUAUCUUAUCUGGUACGAGAAAAGGACUUUAUGCCUUGGUAUGUGGCUGUCGCUAAGCUGCAGAACUUAAAGAAUAUCCUGUUCACUACAGAUAUUUAUAACCGCGUCGUCAAAUAUGCGCGUAGUCUUCUCGUUAAUGUCUACCCAGAAGUGGGAUGGACUGUGGAGGAGAACAACCAUUUGAGAAAUCGCCUGCGAGUUUCCGUGCUGACUGCAGCCUGCUCUUUAGGCCUUCCUGAUUGUCUUAGUCAAGCAGCUCAGCGUUUCACCACUUGGCUCAAUAAUCCAACUGCUGCCAAUCGACCAGCUCCUGAUCUGCGUGAGGUCGUCUACUACUACGGAAUGCAGCAGUCGAGUAGCGAGUCAAACUGGGAGAAGCUUUUGAAGAUUUUCAAGGCUGAAACCGAUGCCAGUGAAAAGACGAAGCUUAUGUAUGGUCUUUCCGGUGUGCGGGAUGUUAAGCUGCUUCAUCGCUUUCUUGUACUGGCUACAAAUGAAAGCAUUAUACGGAGACAUGAGUAUUUCAAUUGCCUUGAAGCUGUUACCGCCAAUCCCGUCGGUGGGCCAAUUGCCUGGAAUUACUACCGGAAUAAAUGGCCGCAACUGGUAAAGCGCUUUGGACUACAUGAUCGCCGAAUGGGCACUGUAAUUGCCAAAAUUACUGACCGCUUCUCAACUAACGUGAAGUUGGAGGAGGUGCAACAGUUCUUUAAGAAAUAUCCGGAGGCUGGAGCUGGUGCCAGAUCUCGUCAGGAGGCCAUCGAAACCAUCAAGUACAAUAUUAAAUGGCUGCAGGAAAAUUAUGCACCUAUAAAAAAUUGGGUGACGGAGCAAUCUUCUUCAAAGAAUCAUACAAAUAAUUCAAAUUUUAUAUUGCCGAAGAAAUCUUCUUCAAAGAAUCAUACAAAUAAUUCAAAUUUUAUAUUGCCGAAGAAAUCUUCUUCAAAGAAUCAUGCAAAUAAUUCAAAUUUUAUAAUUGCAUGGAUAAGGGAAAGUAUUGAAAUACUUAUCCAACUAUAUGAUCUUUGGUCCAAAUUAUACUCAAACUAUGUGCAUAGCGUUCAGUUGCCAUUCGUUGCUCCAACCGUUAAGAUGUUAAUUUCAGACAAUUGGCUACGCGCGAUAUUAUUUUUCAUCGUCGCAACAUUGGCUGUGCUCAACGGAGUGACAGCUGAUGAUGACGUGAUUGAUUAUCGCCUGCCCUCGGCUGUUGUACCCACGCACUACACAUUGUAUCUGCACCCUGAAUUAGACACUGGCAAUUUCACAGGCCAGGAACUGAUUAGUAUCAAAGUUGUCGAAGCAACGAAGCAAAUCAUUUUGCAUUCGAACAAACUUACCAUCACCAGUGUUUAUGUGCAGUGUGUGUUUACGUGCCCAGAAGUUGACAAAUAUGAACUUGAUCCUGUGCGUGAAUUCCUUAUCAUCGAUUUGGCUGAGGAGCUUACAGUGGAUGCUACCAUUACUCUGGGAAUAGUGUUUGAAGGAGAAUCCCAAAAUAAGCUUGUCGGAUUGUAUAGCAGCAGCUAUCAAACGCCGGCUGGUCAGCAAAGGAAAAUUGCCACCACGAAAUUCGAGCCAACUUAUGCACGCCAGGCCUUCCCCUGUUUCGAUGAACCUGAAAUGAAGGCAACAUUCAACAUCAGCGUCGUUCAUCCCAGUGAAGGCUCCUACGAUGCUGUCUCUAAUAUGAACAAAAUAGAAACGCAGAAUUUGGGUGAAAAUACAAUGGCCACCUUUGGAAUGAGCGUUCCAAUGAGCACAUAUCUGGCCUGUAUUAUUGUCUCAGAUUUCGAGAAAAAAACGAGCACAGUCAGGGCAAAUGGAAUUGGUGAGGAUUUCGAGAUGGGUGCAUAUGCCACACCUCAUCAGCUGAGCAAAGUAGAUUUUGCCCUGGAUUUUGGAGUUGCUGUCACAGAGUACUACAUUCAAUACUUUAAAGUACCUUAUCCUCUACCCAAGUUGGAUAUGGCUGCAAUUCCCGACUUUGCUUCGAGUGCAAUGGAACACUGGGGUUUGGUAACCUACCGCGAGACAGCUCUGCUAUAUGACGAUGACUACAGCUCUACGGCAAACAAACAGUCUAUCGCUGGAACCUUGGCUCAUGAAAUUACCCACCAAUGGUUCGGUAAUCUUGUUACCAUGAAGUGGUGGAACGAUCUCUGGCUAAAUGAGGGAUUUGCUCGGUUUAUGCAGUACAAAGGAGUGAACGCCGUUUAUCCAGACUGGGGAAUGUUGGAACAAUUCCAAAUCUUGUCAAUGCAUUCAGUGCUGAUCUUCGACGCCAAGCUCUCAUCACACCCUAUCGUUCAAAAGGUCGAGUCACCUGAUGAGAUUACUGCAAUUUUCGAUACGAUUAGCUAUGACAAAGCUGGCUCCAUUCUUCGUAUGCUGGAGAACCUUGUGGGCUCUGAGAAAUUCGAGGAAGCAGUUACGAAUUACUUGAUUAAAUUCAAGUAUGGCAAUACGGUCACUGAUGACUUUUUGACUGAAGUAGCUGCUGUAUUCAGCGACUUAGAUGUUAAGCAAUUGAUGCGCACAUGGACCGAGCAGAUGGGUUACCCAGUGCUUAAUGUAUCCCGUUCUGAUGCAGGUUUUACAAUCACACAACAACGAUUCCUCUCAAAUAAGGAGAGCUAUAACGAAGAAGCAGAGGCUAGUGAAUUCAACUACAAGUGGAGCGUUCCGGUGACAUAUAUCCUAGAUACCUUUGCCAGUGGUGAAGUCGAGGACCUGAUCUUCCAAUAUGACCAAGACUCUGUACCUAUUACAGCUUCCAGCGAUGUUAAAUGGAUCAAGUUGAAUGUGCAUCAGACUGGUUACUAUCGUGUGAACUACGACAGCAUCCUAUGGGAGGUAAUCAAUAAUCAACUUAUCGAAGAUCCCUCUCGUUUCGAUAUUGCCGAUCGUGCGCAUCUGUUGAAUGAUGCAUUUGCCCUCGCCGAUGCCAGUCAAUUAGCCUACAGCGUACCUCUGGAAAUGACAUCUUACCUGGCACAGGAGACGGACUUUGUGCCAUGGUAUGUGGCUGCCUCUAAGCUGCAGUCUUUGAAGAGUAGCCUGCAGUACACCGAUAGUUAUUCUUCGUACUUAACUUAUGCGCGUUCUAUUCUUGCUAAUGUCUACUCGGAAGUGGGCUGGACUGUAGAUGCGGACAACCAUUUGAGAAACCGCCUGCGAGUUUCUGUGCUGACUGCAGCUUGUUCUUUGAGACUUCCCGAUUGUCUUAGUCAAGCAGCUCAGCGUUUCACCACCUGGGUUCAGAAUCCCACUGCUGCCAACCGGCCAUCUCCUGAUCUACGCGAGGUCGUCUACUAUUACGGAAUGCAGCAGUCGAGUAGCGAGUCAAACUGGGAGAAGCUUUUGGAGAUUUUCAAGGCUGAAACUGAUGCCAGCGAGAAGUUGAAGCUUAUGUAUGGUCUUUCCGGUGUGCAGGAUGCUCAGCUGCUUUAUCGUUUCCUUGAACUGGCCACAGAUGAGAGUAUCGUUCGAAGCCAGGACUACUUCACCUGCGUUCAAUACAUUGCCGGCAAUCCUGUGGGAGCACCGAUCGUCUGGGAAUACUACCGGGAACAAUGGCCUCAGUUGGUAGAGCGCUUUGGACUUAAUGAUCGGACUUUGGGCAGACUUAUUGCUAGCAUUACAGCGAACUUUGCAAGUGAGGUGAAGUUGGAAGAGGUGCAAUACUUCUUUAGCAAAUAUCCAGAGUCUGGAGCUGGUGCCAGUUCUCGUUUGCAGGCAAUUGAAACCAUUAAGUACAACAUUAAUUGGCUGCAAGAAAAUAGCGAUGAAAUUACUACAUGGCUAAGUGGAAAACUAUAAAAUACGAAAUUAAAAGUAAAUAUUGAAAAAUAAAUACACUUUGCCUUAGGCAAUCGUCUUUACUCCACGUCCACUGUAAACUGUGGCUUACUUUACAUUUUUAAUUAGACAUGCAAAUAAAUGUGUUAUGGUUAAUUUUUGUAAUUUUAUAGCAGAACAACACUGUUUUGUUAAAAGAAAA